UACUUGCAAUGGGUGGACCGUGGCUAUUGUAGCUGUACUACUGAUUUUAAUGGUCAGUCGGUCCUUGCAAUGGCCAGCAAACGUCCCGCCAGGACCGACCGGGUAUCCCAUAGUGGGAAGUAUGCUACUUUUCCGUGAAAAAAAGAAUCCCAAGGACACUUUCCGGAAACUGCGGGUUAAAUUUGGAGAUGUGUUCAGUCUCACUUUAGGGCGAAAUUUAUUGGUCGUUAUAAACGGUGUUGAGGCUUUAAAAGAAGCAUUUAUAAAGCGGGCAGAUGACUUUUCUGACAGGCCUGAUACAUACCGGAGUGCCACUCUCAUGAAACGUAAAGGGGUAGCCAUGUCAUCCGGACAGCACUGGAAACACACUCGGACUUUCGCCUUGACCACCUUGCGCGAAUUCGGAUUUGGAAAGAAGUCUUUGGAAGCGCGUGUCAUGGAAGAAGUUCACGCGUUUCUAGAUGUGAUGGGAAACAACAGCGGGAAAGUUUACGACCCGAAGCACGUAAUUCAAAUAAGUAUUUCAAAUAUUAUCUGCAGCAUAGUUUUUGGUAAAAGAUUCGAGCACAGGGAUGCCAAGUUCUAUCAACUUGUUGAUCUCCUAGAAGAAACAUUUCGUUUGAACCAAACUGGUAGUGCUUCUCGGAAUAUGUCGUGGCUAAGAUUCCUACCCGGUGAUUUCUUCAAGAUCAAAAGAGUUCGUGAUAAUUUCUAUGAAAUAUCGGAUUAUAUGCAACAGCAAAUUACUGAUCAUAGAAACACUUUUGAUCCAAGCAAUCCAAGAGAUUUUAUCGACGCUUUUCUCAAGGAGCAGGAAAGACAAGAACCCGGCAGUGCAGUUUUUGAAGAUUUUAAUUUACAAGCUACAAUCUUCAAUUUAUUUGUGGCUGGGACGGAGACCACCGCCACGACGAUACGCUGGACAAUUCUACAGCUGAUCUACCAUACGGACAUCCAGGACAGACUUCGCAGGGAGAUCGACAAUGUCAUUGGUCCGUCGAGGUUUCCGACGCUCAGCGACAAAGAAAAUAUGCCUUAUUACGAAGCAGUGAUUACAGAGGCCCUAAGAUUCGGAAACAUUGCCCCGUUCAGCGUCCCUCACGGGGCAUCAAAGGACGUAGAAUUCAGGGGGAUGACCAUUCCCAAAGGAUCGACAAUUAUACCCAAUUUGGACUCAGUUCAUUUCGACCCAAACGUGUUCAAGGAACCCACAAAGUUUAAUCCGGACCGAUUUUUAGGCGAAGACGGAAAAUUGAACGGAAAAGAAAAAUAUGUGUUUGCGUUUUCUCUAGGACGUCGGAUAUGUCUGGGUGAAUCACUGGCGAGGCUGGAACUGUUUCUGUUUCUGACAACACUGAUACAGAGAUUCGAACUACUUCCGGAAAACCCGGACAAAAUGCCAGCUGGCCCACCGUCCAAAGGCAUACAAUCAGGUCCGCCUGACUAUAAAGUCAAGGCCUUGAAAAUCAACUGACAAUAAUGUAGACUCUUCAUACAAUGUUGAUGUUAGUCAGAGAGUAGGGAUACCAUACGUUCUGUUGGUGAGAUUCUACGCAAUUCUGAAAUCACUAAUGAAAAAAAUAUGUUUUGAUGCAAUCAAUUUAAGUUAUUAAACUAUAGACUAAGUUAUUACGUAAAUGAUGUGUUAUUGAACUAAGAGCGUGCUAUUUCAUUAAGGGUUGUGUAAUUCACUAAAUGUUUACCUUUACAUGUUUUAUCGAAUGCUUUUAAUUACCUAGCUGAUAUUAAUGUUACUGAAAAAAAAGUACAGAUACAAUUGUAAACACAAUGAGAAGAAAACUUUUGAAUUUAUGUAAAGCGAGUGGUUUGAGAAUCGUAAAUUGGCGACAUCCGGGCGACGAUAAGGGCAGUGUUAACUUUAUAAUAGUUUGGGAACAAGUUUAAUCGAUUAUGUUCUUGUUGAUGAGUCAAAUUUCGAAAUUAUAGGAAAUUUUAAAAGCGGAGAUUUCAAUCAUUUUUCAGACCAUUCGCCUUUUGUGUUUACGGUAGAUAUUAAGAUUAUAAAAGAAAAUAUACAUGGUGAUAAUGAGCUGUUUUAUUCAACGCGAUAGAAUCCGGAAAAUUUUGAGUUAAUUAAAACAAUAAUCAAUGAUUAUGCCGAUAGCCUAAUGCAUACAUGUAGAAAUAUGGAUAUGUAUUAGGAUAGUGUAAAUAAAAGUGUCGAAGAUUUUUCUUCGUCACUUUUAUCACUUUAUUUUGUUACUUGUAAAGAUACAUUGACAAUUUGGCACCAUGUCCAAAAUUGCUUUUUAACGGAAUAUUUAGUUCUGGAAUUUUCCCAGAUAAUUGGAAUAUUGGAACAAUGAUACCACUAUUUUAGAAAGGGGAUGUGAAUGUAACUGAUAAUUACAGAUGCAUUACAUUAGUAAGCUGUUUUGGAAAACAUUUCACUGCCAUUUUAAAUGAAAGAUUACUUAAUGUUGAUAAAAUACACAAUAUUAUCACACUAUCAGAUUAUUGUAGAAAAUGAAGCUUAACUUUAAAUGUAGAUAAAACAAAAAUAGUUAUUUUUAGAAAUGGUGGUUUUAUAAGAGCAAAAGAAAAAUGGCUUUAUAAUAAUGUUGAGAUUAAAGAAGUUGAACGUGGCCGCCGUUACAGAGAUAUACCUAGGAGAAAGAAAAUGUAUUUUUAUGUAAUGAAGAAAAUAUAGAAGAUGAAUUUCAUUUUAUAAUUAAAUGUAAUCGCUCUUCAGACCUCCGGUCUAAAUUCAUAAAGCAAUAUUAUUUGAAAGGGCCUAGUAUGUUUAAAUUCGUUCAAUUACUCAAAACCGAAAACACAAAAGAACUUAAUAAUUUAGGAAAGUAUUUAUCACUAGCGUUUAAACGUAGAGCAGAUUUAUGUUAAGAUACAUGAUAUACCAUUAUAUUGUCUUGUCUGGGUGAAUGAGGGUGAAAAAGGUUCUGGCGUGUGUAGUUGGAAUGUGAGUAUGAUGAAUGACGAAAUAUUGCUGUUGCUGAUAUGAUGAUGAUGAUGAUGAUGAUGAUGUAAUGAUGUAAUGAAAUGAUGAUGAUGAUGAUGAUGAUGAUG